AUGUCCACAACAGGCCAGUCUCGGGCUGACUUCAGGUUUCGACACAGCGGGACUGAUACGCGAAUGUUAGUUACUUGCUCCUUUGGGUCUCACUGUCUUGCUUUUGUUGCCUCCCGCCUCGUCUUGCCUUUGUAUCUUGCCGCUCCGAUGAAACAACCGUCUUAUGUGGACAAUGAAUGGAUCAUACUCGUCGCUUGCGCGUGUAUCUGCGCCUGCACUCCCCGUCUCAGCCAGCCAGCCCUGCAACGGCCUUCAGAACCAACGUCUCCAGUCUCUGGUCUAGGCGCAUCGAUCUUAGUCCCAGCAGAAACUCAUCUUGCAUCUAAAAGCACAUACACACUACAAGGAACGUGCAUUGUGUGCACAAGCAGCAUCAACGGCUUUGUGGAGGCGAAAAAGGAAAACCCACUUUGA